AUAAAGUGCAUAUAAAACGUCGUCGUAUGGACCAAUUGCCUAAUGCCUAAAAGCUGCUGCUUAUACCCUGCUGGAUUGGUUCGAGCUCAGGACCAGAGCAGGGUAGAAAAUGGCAUGGCGAUGUGGAUCUGUUCCGAGGUCGUUAAUCUCCUUUGCCACGGCAUCGGUGCGUCACUCCGCCCUGCCCCACUUCACGGUCUCCGGUCUCGCCUCGUCCUCUCCUCCAUCCCCAGGACUACCAGCGCGCUAGGAUGCAUUCAAUCGCUACUGCCGCUGCACAGCGUGGUGGCUGCCGCUCGUCUCACCUCCCACAUUGCCGUCCAGGCGAGCAUUUGUUGCGAGUUGUCUCAAGGUGCCUUCUCUUUUCUGCUUGUCAAUCGCACUAGUUCAUGUUUUUGUGACUCAUACUUCUUGUGGUUUCGUUGUUUGUAUUGAAAUUUGGAAGUAUUGUCUGAUCAUAGCUAGCAGUUCAUUUCUCUUGCCUAAUCCCUGAUGGUUCAUUUCUCUUUGUAUCUGUGGAGGUGUUAAAGAUCAGGAUCAGAUUAGUUUUGAGUUUGAGAUCAGAUUAAUUUGAGUUAGAAAUUUAAGUUUUCUCUUGAUUAUGUUUAUCCUUUAUUUGUCUAUAAUACUUUGUAGAUCGAGCAUAGAGAAUCUUUCAAAGCAAUAUAUUAUUUAUUGUUCUGUGUCACAUGUUUCUUCUAACAAGAGGAAAAAGGAUCUAGGUGGGGAAAGGGAACUCGGAGAUAGAUUUAGUUAUUAGUUGCUUUAGAAAAUGAGAAGAAAAUAAGUAGAUUAUUGACUAAAAGCAUUCAUUUUUUAUUUUUUUAUCUAUAAAAUAUGUGAAGUACAAGCAUUGGGCUGAGAAAUUUCAAUUGCAAACAAAGCAUUUGGUUUUUGAAAAAAAUAAAUGGAUUGAGUAUAUAUUCCUGUUUUCUUCGGAAUAUUUUGUGGGUUGCAGUAUGCUCAAGUUCAUGAGCACAUUUUCCAAGAAGCUGCUUUAUUACCAUAAAAUGUCAGUUAUUAGCUUUUUAGUUUUUUUUUUUUCACCUGUUGGCUCAAUCUAUGCUCUAUGCCCAUGAGUGUGUAUCUGUUAAAUAUUUUUGUGCUCUUAGCUCUCAUCAAUUUGUUCAAAAAGUUGAUAGCACUACUUGGAAUCAAUGUAUACUUUUACUUUUGUUAGUUCUACCAGCAGCACUUGACUAGUUACAGUUUACAUAUGUUUACGUUCUUCUAAGAAACAAAAUUGAAUCUGUGGUUUUUUUCCUAAUAAUUAAAAUGUUUGACAGAAUUCUAUGUUACACUAGAGAAUGCAAGAUUAGUAAUAUUCAAGAUGGCCUUUAUAUGGAUGUAGGUUUUAUGGAUACCGCAUUAUCAUUUUCUUAACCUUGGCCCCAAAAUGGAUGCUUAGAGGAAAGAUGAUCAUUGUAGGAGGUGAGUUAAUGGUCAUGUAGAUAGAGAAGGAAAUGGAUUUAGACACAUAUAUGAAGGUUACAGAUUUAGAAAAAGUAAUAAUGAUGGUAAGCUUAUUUUAGAUUUUGUCAUUGCAUAUGAGUUCAUCAUAGGUAAUAUUAUGUUUAAGAGUAGGAUGAGCACUUGAUUACAUAUAAAAUUGGCUUAUCAAUUACUUAAAUAGACUAUUUUUUUAUGAGACAAGAGGAUCACUUAGGCUCCAAGAAUUGUAA